AUAAUACUCUCCUUCCAUAAGUUUUUUAUUUCUAAUUUCGUACUCUGCAUCAAAGCAACCUGUUUGCUUCCUGAAGUAUCAUUGAGGAUAUUAACCUAAUUCUCUCCAUUGCAGCUAAGAUUAUGGCUCCAUCGUCAGUCUCACUCAAACCCGUUAACAGGGAUGGUAACGAAACAUAUGCUAACAUCGAUUGGGACCAACUAGGUUUUGCUCCAACUCCAACAGAUUACAUGUAUGUAAUGAAAAGCUCUAACAAGGAGAACUUUUCUCAAGGACAUCUUGUCCGCUGUGGAAACAUUGAGAUAAGCCCAUUCGCUGCAGUCCUGAAUUACGGACAGGGAUUGAUUGAAGGUCUAAAGGCAUACAGGAGAGAAGAUGGUCGAAUUUUGCUGUUCCGGCCGGAUCAGAAUGCUAAGCGCAUGCAAAUUGGUGCACAAAGAUUGUGCUUGCCAUCCCUAUCUGUUGAGCAAUUUGUUGAAGCCAUAAAGCAAACUACACUUGCCAACAAGCAUUGGGUCCCGCCUCAUGGAAAAGGGUCAUUGUAUCUUAGGCCUCUGUUGUUGGGAAGUGGACCUGUUCUGGUACCUGUUCCAGCUCCUGAAUGCACGUUUCUGAUAUAUGCCACUCCAAUUGGUAACCAUUAUUUGACCAAUCGCGGAGCUGCAAACUUGUAUAUGGAGGAUAAGGUUUACCGUGCUGUUCCUGGUGGCAUUGGGGGCAUCAAAAGUAUCAACAAUUACUCACCAGUUUUCGAAGCAGUAUCUAAAGCCAAAGCCAAAGGAUUCUCUGAUGUGCUAUUUUUGGAUGCAGCAACUGGAAAAUACAUUGAGGAGGUUUCUUCAUGCAACAUCUUUAUUGUGAAGGGCAAUGUUAUUUCAACUCCAGCAAUACAAGGAACUGUUCUGCCUGGAGUAACUCGAAAAAGCAUCAUAGAACUUGCUCUUGACAUGGGUUAUCAGGUUGAGGAGAGGAAUAUCCCAGUUGAGGAUUUGAUGAAUGCUGAUGAAGUGUUUUGCACAGGAACGGCUGUGAUUGUUACUCCUGUUGGUACCAUAACCUCUCAAUAUGAAAGUGCUGAAUACAAGACAGGAGAAGAAACAGUAGCAAAUAAGCUGCGGACAAUGCUUAGCGGGAUUCAAAUGGGUCUUAUCGAGGACAAGAAGGGAUGGACUGUUGUUCUUGAUUGAGCUCUUCCUUCUCCUUUUUGCAAUGCAGAGUUGAAAACUGCUCUCUCUAUCUGAUUGUUUUGAGGCUAUUUAUCAGCAAAAGACUAUUAACAGCUUGACUUAGUAAAUCCAUCAUAUUGAAAUGAACAUUAUUUAUUAUUUACUUCAUUCUAGUUGGGUUCAAUUUUAUUUACACUAUAUACCCUUUUCAUCAAAGAUUACAAUUAGUUUAUUAAAUCUCACUCCCCAAACACUAUGGUUAAUACCAAAGCUCAACAAACACGUGCGUAUCAG